AUGGCUGGCAACGAACAAAAGAAGUCCCCACCCACGGACGCGUCAACGCCAUCCGACUCUGCGAAAGCUAGGCUCGAGCAGGUCAGCUCGCACAUUGCAUCCAACACGCCGAAGCGACGGCGGAGGAAGGCUGCAGAUUUGGAUUUACCAGCUGAUUACUCGGAUAUCCUUGGUCAGAUUGCGACGCUCCGAAAGAGCGCUGCGACUCCUGAUACUAGCAAUCGAGGCUACCUGCGCCAGAAGCAAGCAGGCAAAUUAUGGGUACGCGAACGAGUCGAGCAGUUGCUUGAUGAGGGGAGUUUUCAGGAAGUUGGUAGUGUUAGUGGGACUGUGAAGUGGAAGCAGGUGGGACCGUUGAAGGAAGAGCCAGAGGAAUACGUACCUUCAAACAAUGUGCAAGGGUUUGGAAAGCUAAGAGGAAGAAAGAUUGUUUUUACGGCUGAUGACUUUUCGAUACGUGCUGGGCAUGCUGAUGGCUCGUUGAUGGAGAAGACGUUGUAUAUGGAGAAGCUUUCACUUUCACUUAAACUGCCGAUUAUAAAGCUUGUAGAUGGAUCUUCUGGUGGAGGCUCUGUCACUACAAUUCGUUCCUGGGGUUACUCUUAUAUUCCACCUCUGCCGGCUUUCGAACAUGUCGUCGCCCAACUCAAUUCGGGUAUACCAAACCUGGGUGCGGUCCUGGGUCCAGCCAUUGGUCUAGGAGCUGCACGAGUAGUUGCUUGCCACUUCUCCGUUAUGGCUGGAGAUAUUGGAUCACUAUUCAACGCAGGACCAAACGUUGUCAAAAACGCCACAUUCGAAGAAGAUCUAUCAGUGACAGACCUUGGAGGUCCCGCCGUCCACUGUACAAACGGCACAAUCGACAACCUAGCACCAGACGAAGCAGGCUGUUUCGAACAAAUCAGAACAGUCCUCAGCUACCUUCCGGACUGCGGCACCAAACUCCCCCCAACAAUCGACUGCACCGACCCAAUCGACCGCACAUCCGAAACCCUCCGCUCAAUCAUCCCACGAGCCAAAAACCGCAUGUACAACCCCCGCGCCAUCAUCAGCGAAGUCGUCGACCUCAACUCCUUCUUCGAAAUCGGCGCCCUCUGGGGCACAACCGCCAUCGUCGGGCUCGCCCGCCUCUCCGGCAAACCCAUCGGCAUCGUCUCCCUAAACUGCGAAGUCAACGCCGGCGCCCUCGACGCCCUCGGCUCCCAAAAAAUAACUAGGAUGCUAAAAUUCCUCGACGUCUUCAACAUCCCUCUACUCCAAUUCGUCGAUAUCCCCGGCUACGCCAUCGGCACCGUCGCAGAACGAAACGCCACGAUGCGCCACGGUAUCACUCUCGCCCAGACGUACUACAGCACCACGAUGCCCAUCUUCAACGUCAUUGUGCGCCGCGUGUACGGCGUCGCCGGGGGUGUCAUGUUAGACUGCCGGGACCCGCGCAUGCGCGUUGCGUGGCCGUCUGGGACUUGGGGUUCGUUGCCGCUGGAAGGCGGGAUUGAAGUUGGGCACUCGUUUGAGCUUAAGGAGGUUGAACGCAUGCAAGGGAAAGAGGCAAGGGAGGCAAGGUAUAAGGAGCUAGAAGCUGAGUAUAAGCGGUUGAUGAAUCCGGUGCGUACGGCGAAUGCGUUUGGGGUUGAGGAGAUUAUUGAUCCGGCGUUUACAAGAAGGGUUUGUUGUGAGUGGGUGGGGCAUGUAUAUGAGAGUUUGUUGCCGGUGAGGGUGUUGGAGAGGGUGGCGGGGAAGUUGCAGCCUUCGUUUUCGUAG